GGCCUGAUAUCUCGUAGAUUAUUCGUACGCGCGUAGAUGUUCUCACGCCGAGCUACUACGUUGAUUCAUUAAGUGACUCCCACCCAGACUAGAUGACGUAGUAUUUCACGCGCGAAACGCCGAUUUGCGAGAAGUCGACAGUGAGAGUGGCAUACGUGCCAGGAACGGAGUUACUUAAAAAACCUCGCGAGACAAAAAGACGUUUUCCAUCAGGCGCCGCGAUGCUUAGCUACGACUCUGGCGAAGAGGCACUUUACCGUGAAUGUCGAACGCGUGUUGUCGCUCCGGAAGGUCUCGGGAAGUCCCCCCGAAUGAUAAUAGAAGCAAGAGCGGCCGAUUGCUCGGUAAAGAACCCGCUGCCUCGCAACCACACCACCACCACCACCACCACCACCACCACCACCACCACCACCACCACAAGAGAUUCGUUAUUUGUACGCGGUCAUCACAUUGGCAACAUGCCGUGUCACGCCGUUCUCCAUAACGUAAACACCUCUCAUUCUCUUUCUCGUGUGUGUCGUACUCCAUCGUUCCGCGAGGAUUCUGCUUUUCGAGCUCACCUUCCCUUCGUUUCUACUGUGGUACAUAUAUUGUUCAUGAAGGAUUAGAAACAACAAGGAGGCAAUUGAGAGCUUCCUCCGGAAAGAAGAAGAUAGAAGAAAAACGAAGCAUUGUCGGAUCUGACAAAAAACAUCAUCAGUGUUGGCGCAACAAUAAUUCGCGAUAACGGAUAUUCAUCGCGUUUAUCGCGACGGAGAGAUCCCAAGCCGUGUGAACCCCUAUGUUGUGAAAAGAGAGCUUCCAAUGACGAUCUCUCGCGCCAAGGAGCAGUCGGGUAGGAAGGAGCUGAGCAGAAAGAAUCGCGGGAACUUUAUGAGAUGGUGCAAGCAUCCUGCGGAGGACGGCGAGAACGGUGCUGUGGACGAUAGCGUGAAACGGUUCUAUGGUGACGGUCUGGUGGUCCGACUGGACUCGAAUCACCGAGUGCUGGAGAUUACGGGCGAUGGUUGUCGUGUCAUCCUGACGAAGAACUCGGGCAGCGUUCACAUCGUCGGCGACGGCUGUCGCCUGAGCGUGAAUCACAACGUGGGCGACAUCGAGUACACCGGCGACGGCGGCCGGGUCCUCCUAGGACCGGACUCCUCUAAGGAGAACAUAAGAUUCGUGGGCGACGGUGGCAAGGUGAUCUUCGACUCGCUUCCUGAGGCGGCGGAGACCACGAUCGAUUACGGAAAGUUCCAUUGCCAGAGGGGGGACCUGAAAAAGCCUCCAAAAGAUCAGAGGAACGAGAAGGAGACCGCGUGUUCGCGUGGGAAGCUUGUCGGAGGCGCGUCCGGCCACGAAAAGAGCGGGCAAUACGACGAGGAUGAUUGUUGGCGCGUGACGAUGUCAUCAUCGAGUCGGGAGCGUUUGGACAACGCGUUAAACGAAGUGAAAGAGAGAGGCUACCAGCGGGGGAAGUCCGGCAAAUACGACGACCAGACGCGGAAGUCCUUGCGGCGUCAGGUCACCGUCGUCACGAAGAUUGUCACGGAGAUACAUGGUGACGGCCGAUGCGUGCGGAAACGAUGCAACGGCGACUCCUCCUUAAUCGUUAAUGCGUCGGCUCGUCCCACCGCGACAGACAGGCGUGCUGAGAACUUUCGGCACGAGCAUCGGGACCGAGUGACGUAAGCGGAACAGCUGAUGUUACAUGGAGCGUGGAGGCCGACUGUCUGCGAAAAGCAAGAACGUCAACGACGAGCAAUUGAGUUGUCGGUGAGCGCAUAAUUGCGGAGCACGAUCAAAUGUAAUCGAUCGAAAGCCGUGUCAUACUGGAACCAGCCAACUCUGCCAAUAAGUUAUAUAUAUAUAUAUAUAUAUAUAUAUAUAUAUAUAUAUAUAUA